AGCGACACUUCAGCUGAGUUCCUGCUGCUUUUUGCAACAAGAUGUUUACUACAAAUCCAAACUGGGUUACUUUUGAAGAUGACCCUCUUUUCCAGUCUCCUCAGAAGGCAGGUGGAAAUCAUAGUGCCUGCAGAGCAAAUGGGCUUAAUCUCAUGCUGCCUAAAAUACAUGACUCAAGUCAAUCUUCUUCCUCCAGUAACACUCCUCUCUCUUCUCCUGUAGUGGACUAUUAUGUUACUCCGGGACCGCCUAGUAACUCUCCGCUGUGUACACCUACCAAAGACUAUCCUGUGAGCCCUUGCUUUCCCAAAUCAGUUCACCUUCUUUAUUCUAUUCCAGAGUUGUCAUCCAAUAUUGAUCUCCCAUUAGCUGGGCAAUCCUCUCAAAAACUGACAAGCACAUCUUGGAUUGAGCACUGUUCAAAUACUCCUGCCUCUAAGUCAACAGGUAGUGCAAAUGCAGUUCAACAAGAAGUCUCAAAUCAGCUGGAAGAUUCUAUAGAACCACAAACAUUCUUCCAAUAUAUUCAGAAUGACUGUGCUUUUUCUAGUCCAUUUUGGUCAGAAGAUCCACCUGCUGUGUCUUCAUCCACCUGUGAUGUGAACAGAAAGGAGCUAGGCCUUGAAAAUAAUACUUGCUGUCCCAAAGAAAAGGAAGUGUUGUCUGAUCAAAAAAGUCUCAAUCAGGGAUCUUUUCACUAUAUUUGUAAGAGGCUUGAGCAUUUGCAAACUAAUACUUCAAAUUGUGAAAGAAUGUUGACAGCUAUGCCAUGUAUGUAUAGUGGAGAUGGCUCCUCUUCAUUCAUUCCACACAGUCUCUUCAGGAACCAAAGAAAAGAUGGGUGGCCUUUCAUGCUGAGGAUUCCUGAAAAGAAGAAUAUGAUGUCAUCAAGGCAGUGGGGACCUAUAUAUCUUAGGGUCUUGCCUGGAGGAAUCCUACAAAUGUACUAUGAGAAGGGACUUGAGAAACCUUUCAAAGAAUUCCAGCUACAGCCAUUUUGCAAACUUUCAGAGCCCAAGUUGGAGAAUUGCAGCAUUUCUGGAAAAAUACAUACAGUAAAAAUAGAGCAUGUGACAUAUGUAGAGAAAAAGAAAUAUCAUCCCAAAGCUGAAGUGGUCCAUGAACCAGAAGUAGAACAGAUGUUAAAGCUGGGGACAACUGAUUAUACUGACUUCACUGAUUUCCUAGAAACAGUAGAGGAAGAGCUAAUGAAGCUUCCUGCCCUUUCAAAGCCAAGGAAAUACUAUGACGAACAGGAAAUAAUUCUGGAAAUAGUUGACAACUUUUGGGGGAGGAUUACUAGAGCAGAAGGGAAACUAGUUGAAAGUGCUGUUAUAACCCAUAUUUAUUGCUUGAGUUUUGUGAAUGGAAAUACGGAGUGCUUCUUGACCCUAAAUGACUUGGAGCUUCAGAAGAGAGAUGCACAUUACUUUGAGAGGGACACAGAAAAGAAAUGGAUUGACAUUCUUGACUAUGUUUUCCAUGGAUGUGUAAAACAAGAAGAGUUUGAACAAUCAAGAAUAAUUAAAUUUAUGCCCCCAGAAGGCUGUAGAUUAGAGCUAAUGCGUUUCAGGACACAAUAUAAUGAACCUGAUCUUCCAUUUUCUGUCAAGGCCUUGGUGGUGGUCCAGGGAGCAUAUGUUGAACUUCAGGCUUUCAUAAACAUGUCCUCAUCUGCUCUGACUUCAAUGCAUUCACAUUCCAUGAAACACCACUGUGAAGGUAUUAUGGUACACUUCCCUGUUCCUCCACAAUGGAUCAAAAGUCUUUGGACUAUGAACCUCCAAAGGCAAAAAUCACUGAAAGCAAAAAUGAACAGAAGAACAUGUCUUGGCUCUCUAACAGACAUUGAAUCUGACUCUGUCAUACAGGUCUCAGUUGGAACAGCCAAGUAUGAAAGUGCCUAUAGAGCUGUCGUGUGGAAGAUUGACAGACUACCAGAUAAAAACUCAAGUCCAGAUCAUCCGCACAGUUUGUCGUACAAACUAGAACUUGGGUCUGAUCAGGAAAUCCCUUCAGACUGGCAUCCCUUUGCCACCGUGCAGUUUGUUGUGCCUGAUGCAAGUGCUUCUGGAACUGAAGUUAAAUCUCUUGGCAUAGAGAGUGACAUUCAACCACAGAAACAUGUGGUUCAAAAAGCAUGUUACAACUGCCAGGUUGAAAUUGAGAAGAAGUGGAUUAGGCUUGAUGGAGAAGAUCCUGAUAAGACUGGGAACUGUCAAAUACAGUAGAAGGGUUUGGAAAGAAGAUGAUUCACGUGCACUGUUAGGGUUGUUAACUAUGUCAGUAUAGAGAAUGCUAAUACUUUAAGAAAAAACUGUUGUGAAUAAUAGAGACUGAAUGUAUUUGGCACGACAGUGGAUUUGGCAGACAAUCUAGAAACCUAAUGGAACCCAAUAUGAUUUUUUUGUAUGUGGACCAUACAGCUCAUUGU